AUGGUCUCCCCUAUUCAACCAUCAGACUUAGAAAAAAUUGGACAAGUUUCUGAUUUUCUCCAGAACAGUUUAAAGAAAAUUGAUCAGAGCUAUGAGACAAUUUCUAAUAUAAUUAAAGAAACAUCAAAAGAAGAACUAGGAAAAAUUAUUUCACAAGCUCAGAUAGAAAUAGAAAAGACAGAAAACGAAAUAAAGAAAUUAGAUCAAGGAGAUGGUCCAGCACAAAUAGGACCUCGGGACCCCCACCCCCCCACCCCAUAUACAUAGCUUUAUGUAGAAUAUUUAAUGGUUUAAGCCCAAGUGAAAGAACUAAAGUUUUAUACUCUAAGAUAUAGCUCAUACCCCUUUAUAGAUUCCUUUAUCGAGCAAAGUGUACUUGACUAUUGAAAGACCAAAACAGACUCUCUCAAAGAGAUGAACUCAAUCUCUAUAUCAGAAAGUUCUAAAAAGUGGCAUGCCAAAAAAUAGUGGCAAGUAUGAAAAAAGUUGACUUAAGAUAAUUAAUCAUUCAUCUCUUUCGUUAAAUUGAUUUAAUAAAAUAAUAUCUACAUGCAUAUUCGACUAUGGAUUAUCUUUGGAUUUACAUAAGUCAAAAUUCUACUGGAGUUUUUGAUUGAUAUGCUUACUGGAGUUAUAGCACUUGGAGAUCUAUUCAACCGUUUACUAAAGAAGCUCCUCCUUUGCAUUCUCAAUUUAAAAGUUCAGGUGCAAUUUCUUCCAUACUGGACUCCAUCUUUAUAAUCGCUUAAAUUGAAACAAAAUUCAGUUUUAUAAUAAAAAAUUUUAUAGAUAAAAAAUUUAUAAUUUUUAUGUAAAAAGUUUCGGUAUAAGUUAAAUGUUUCUUAUUAACUAAAAUUAAAAAAUUUAGUUAUAUCUUGCUUUUUUUAAAGAAAAGAACAUAAAGAGCAUCUUAUUUAAAUAUAUUUAUUAUCUUUAAUUGCUAUAUUUUUAAAAAAUUUUUCAACAAAAAUAUAAUUUAUUGCAUUUAUUUCUUAUCAUGCAUAUGAUGUCAUUUCAAUUUAUUAUGUGGAAACCAAAUAUACGUUCCAAAAAGCAGAUUUUAGUGCGCCAAAUUAAUAAUUUAAUUUCAUAUGAAAAUAGUGCGUAUAACUGCCAUAAGAAAUUAAGCCAAGGGAUUAUAUUUUUUAUUUAAAUAAUUUUGAUAAAAAUUUAAUGCGAAUUCUUUACAAAAAUUGAAAAUUUACUUUAUUUCUUCUUUAUUUUAGCAAAAGAGUAUAAAUAGCCACUUAAUUAAACAAAAUUAACACUUUGAUCGAUAAAUUUUCUAGAAAUUUAUUAAUCUAAUUCGACACAUUUUUUAAUUUUUUUUUAUAAAGAAUUUUAUAUUGAAUUUUUAUAUAAAAAAUUUUCUUAACCCUUCUUUUAAAUUGGAACAAAUAUUUGGUUCCAAUUUAAAGGGAGGGAGUUAAAUCAAAAUCCUACUGGAGUUUUUGCACGAUAUGCUUACUGGAGUUAUAACACUUGGAAAUCUAUACAACCGUUUACUCGGGAAGUUCCCGUUUUGCAUUUUCACUUUUGACAAUUUCUUUCAUAAUGGACUCCAUCUUUAUAAUCACCUAAGUCAGGAUCCUACUAGAGUUUUUGAUUGAUAUGCUUACUGGAGUUAUAGCACUUGAAGAUCUAUACAACCGUUUACUCGGGAAGUUCCCCAUUUGCAUUUUUAAACUCAUUUCUAUAAAUUUAUCUCAAGCACUUUUUACAUAAACAAAUAAUCAAAAAUAUUAAAUCUUUUAAAAUUUAUAUGUAGCAUUUAUUAUUCUAAUUAUCAUUAAUUAAGGCCUGAAAAAUAAGAUUUUUAGUUAUUAAUUAAUUCCAGUCUAAUUGGGUAUGUUAAGUUUUAAAUUAUUUUAUUAAUAAAGUCAUUUUAAAAAUUUGCGUGUUUGCUUACCAACUUUUUUCAUACUUGCCACUAUUUUUUGGCAUGCCACUUUUUAGAACUUUCUGAUAUAGAGAUUGAGUUCAUCUCUUUGAGAGAGUCUGUUUUGGUCUUUCAAUAGUCAAGUACACUUUGCUCGAUAAAGGAAUCUAUAAAGGGGUAUGAGCUAUAUCUUAGAGUAUAAAACUUUAGUUCUUUCACUUGGGCUUAAACCAUUAAAUAUUCUACAUAAAGCUAUGUAUAUGGGGUGGGGGGGGGGGGGGGGUGGGGGUGGGGGGGGGUGGGGGGUCCCGAGGUCCUAUUUGUGCUUGACCAAGGAGAAGUACCAGAUGACAUAAUUUAUGAAAAAGUGAACCCUACGAUUACAAUUGAACUUAAAAAUGUUCUUAAUACCUAUUUUAAAGAAUUUAAGAUAGUGAUGGAUAAUUUGGAAUCUGAUGGAUCAAUUGUAUAUGAAGUCCCUUUUAAUUCAGCAACUAUAACAAUGCUAGAUGUAAAAACAAAAACGAUCACAAAGCAGAAUUUGCCAUAUAUUAACCAUAUAGCUCCAUCAGUUACCCAAAUCAAUGAUAAUGAAUUAUUGAUAGCAGGAGGGAUUGCCUAUGGAAAUUUCCAAGCAAGAGAUACAGCGAUUCUGCUUAACCUUAGUUCAUUGACACCUAUUACUUUGCCAACAACUCUUAAUUUUGCUCGUGGAUAUCAUACAGCUCAUAAGAUUGAGAACUCUGUAUUUAUUUUUGGAGGCUCAAAUUCUGAUUCUUUUAAUGCUCAGCCAGUUCAGCCAAUUGAAAGAUAUGAUAUCAAUACUCAAACAUUUACAGUUGUAUCUCAAUUAAUUAAUUCAAGAAGCUGCUGUGGAAGCUGCGUCUACAAAAGAAAGAUAUAUUUGACAGGCGGUUGGGGUAACGAAAGAAGUAUUGAAGUAUAGCCCGAUCCCUGCUUUGGAUUAGGCUUGGUUGAUGUCGGGGAGUCAGAUGGGGAGUUGACGAACUAGCUUUUGCUGUCAAAGUCAAUUCCCCAGAUGGCAAAUCUCCAAUAGUAAGAAGAUUUGCCAUCUGGGUGUUGACUUUGCCAACCAACAUUGCUCGUCAACUCCCCAUCUUAUGUCUCCCAACGUAAGCCAAGCCCAAUCUAAAGGUGGAAUCAGGCAUAUAUGAUCCCAAUCAAAAUACAAUUACUAUGCUCGCUAUCUCUCUAAACUACCCAGGAACUUCUCUUUCUGUACCAAUGAAAAAUUGCAUUUUAAUUAUUAGUGGUAAUCAUGUCAGUAAAUUCUACCCUGAGAGAGAUAGAAUCACUGAAUACGGAGUGGUUGAAGCACACAAUAUGGGCUAUAGGAAAUUCCCGAUGAUGGCGUUCAAUGUGCCAUCAUCGGGCACCUACGGUAAAGGGCCCACACUGUAAAUGGGUUCCACGUGUGGAGCCCUUUUUGACACUUGGAGAAAUCCUCACUUUCACGUGCCAAAAAGGGCUCCACACGUGGAACCCAUUUCCAGUGUUGACCCUGAACUGUAGUUGCCAGAUGAUGGCGCAUUGAGCGCCAUCAUUGGGCAACUUGCAUAUUUCUCAAUAGGAACUCCAGCAUGCUACGAUGGAAAAAUUUAUAUGUAUCGGGCAUGGAACAAUGGACUUUGGUAUUAUGAUUAUCUCGCUAAUAAGAUAGAGCCAUUGCCAUUGUAA